GAUGGCGGCCUCCAUGGCUGUAGACAGUUCAUCUGAUCCACCUGGAUCUGGUGGUUUGUGGGCCACAAAGUCAAAAAAUGAUCAGGCUAAAAAGAUUGAGAUUUUGAAAGAGUUGCACCAACUGGAAAUAAAGGAACAGAAUCUUGAUAAAGAGAAGGCCACCCACGUCUACAGUAAGAGAAGUGACUUCCGCAAAGAGUUCCUGGCCUUGGAAGAAAUGGACCAGAAGAAGGUCACGGAAAGGAAAACAGAAAAAGUCAGACUCCAACAGCAGUUGAACAAGAUCAGAAAUAUGGUUGCCAAGUUUCAUCGUGAGCUGAAGGAUGUCAGACCAACACCUGAAUUUGUUGAGAAACUGAAAGUUAUAAUGGAAGACAUCGAGCAAAAUAUCAACCAAUUUAAAGAAAGUCAAAGAGAGAAAUUUGAUGACCUCCUCAAAGAUGAGCGUAUCGUCUCACAAGAACUAACAGCCCUGGAGAAGAGGUUUGAAACAUGGAAUCAGAUCCAGCCAUUAGAGAUUGACCCACCUCGAUCAGCCCGUCCUAAACCUCCCACCUCCGCCAGGGAUGUCCUGAAGGAUCUACCACCUGAGGUUGCAGCUCUGGAGAAAUUCCUGCAGCAAACUGGUGGCAUAAAGGGAGGCUGGGAUGAAUACGACCAUCAGACAUUCAUGAAGUUUAGGAACAGACACAAGGGCAAGGCCACAUUCCUACGAGAGGCCAUUGCUUCACUCCCUACCAAGACGGACACGGAGGUGAUUGACCAUGAGAAAUGGUACCAGGAGUAUCUCGAUCUGAACGAAAUCAAGAAAGUGGCCAUUCAGAGGUGGAGGGAAAAGAAAGAGGAUGAAAAGGAAGGACUGCUCACGCAGGCUGAGAGGAAUCAACAGAAGAAAGAAGAGGAGCAACAGAGGAAGGAAGAGGAGAAACGAAGGUUGAUGGAGAGGGAGAAGGGUGAGAGGUUCUCUAAGCUAAAUGCUUGGAAGGUGCAGAAAGAGUUAGAGAAAGCACGAGAGGAUGAACUGAGGCUGAAAGAACACCUUCAGAAAGCAAAACAGAAGGAGAAGGAAGAGCAGCGGAAGGCUGAAGCUAAGGCUCAGUUAGAGGAGUAUCAGAGACAGAAGGAGGAUGAAGAGGAGAUGAAGCGGUUAGAGGAAGAUGCACGGCUCGAGAUGGAGGAGGAGGAAAAGAGGCAAAUGGUACAGAGAAAUGCUGCCAGGAUCAAAGAGAAGAAUAAGAAGAUUAUAACGGAGAAGAAGGCCAAGAGAAAUGAAAAGUUUAUGGAGGAGAUCGAAAAGGAGAAACGGUUACAGAAAAUGAGGGGAAAGGUUGUUCAAGCCCCUCGGGAUCCUUCCAGACUCUACCAGCCAACUGAGGGGACAGAGGCCAGGAAGAGAGACACGGCGUCCAGUGGUGGACAGGUGUAUCACCUGCAGCAUAGGGCUGUACCAACUUGGAGACAAGGUGUCCAUUGAUGAUGACUGCUGGCAGAUGGCGGGACCAUCCACGUUUUCUAACGCACGCUGCUUGGCAUGAAAUAACACAUUGACUUGCAAUGAAUUGUUUGUUACUGACCAAGUUUCUGCUGAUUGAGUUGCCAAUUUUUAAAGAGAUAUAUAUCGAGUGGCAAGUGUCAACCAGUGUAAAAGGUCUUGCAUCUUUAGAGUAUACCCCCGAGUUAUAGAUGUGCCGUCCAUAAGUCUUUCUGCAGGCAGGAAGGUAGUGUUAAAACUUGAUAAAGGGGCCAACGUUAAGACCUUGAUAUAGCCAACUUUCAGCUGUUGAGUCGUGUUAACUGAAUAGUGUUUUAUGCUGCACAUCUUUUACAUUUCCUCAAGAUUUAGGAGCAUGGUGUCAAUUGUUACCCCAACAUAGGUUAGACCAUAGUAGCAGAGAAUAACUUGACAUUCAGCUUGUUUGUUUUGAUAACACACAACUUUGAAGACAACUAUUUUAGGCUUUACAAUGACAAUGUUUAAAGUUUUUAUUUUGUGUAUAAUGACUUGAAACUCCCUGUUAUACAAUGUUGCAGUGUUUUCAUCAUGACCAAAUAAAACUGUAUGAACUC